AUGUCUGCUAGUCAAAUCUCCCAGUUGGCCAGUCUCAUUUCAGACUCGGUCGCCACAUUAGAGCGCCUCACGCUCGAAUCACAAACUUCUAUCCCGGAUCUGAACUCAUUUGGAUUCGACCCUUCCUCAGAGGCCUUCCGUUCUGCACCUGGCGUUGCUGAAGCAGUAAAGGUCGCCGCUGCGGCCUGUAUGCAGCUGGCAGCGGUUCUACUUCCUCCUACAGAUUCGCUUUACAAAUUGGCACUCGGAGAACACCACUCUUUUGCGGUGAGGACUUGUUUGGAGGCUAAUGUCACAGAGAUUUUGCGAGAGGCUGGUCCAGAGGGACUUCACGUCAACGAGAUCGCUGCGAAAUGUGGGCUCGAUCCUUCCAAGCUCGGGCGAAUCAUGAGAUAUCUGGUCAUUCACCACAUCUAUCGCGAGGUCAAACCAUAUGUCUUCACCAACAAUAGAAUUUCUGGCACAUUGGACACCGGGAAACCCUCGAAAGAAAUAUUUUCCGAUCCAGAAAGCAAAUACGAAUCAACUGGGUUCCCUGCGCUUAUCAGCCAUCAUCUGGACCUCGAUCAUAAGUGCAGUGCGAUCGCUUGGGACGUGCUUAAAGAUCCGGUCCUCGGACAUUCCAACGAAAUUACGGAUACCAUAUUUUCCAAGGGCCUCAACACCGAUACGACGUACUGGAAGUUCUUCCAACAACCUGACAAUUUGUUCAGGCAUCGACGAUUUGGAUAUGCGAUGAAGGGUAUGGGUGCGAUUCAAUCGCCUGAUUUGGUAUUUAAAGCGUUUGACUGGAACUCGCUGAAGCCAGAUUCCACCGUUGUUGACGUCGGAGGUGGCAUAGGAGUUACGAUAUCUCCUCUGGCUGAAAGGUACCCCGAUCUGAAUAUCGUUAUUCAAGAUCUUCCUAUUGUUGUCGAAGAGGGCAAAAAGUUUUGGUCGCAGAAAUAUCCUCAUGCGCUCUCUAGCAAUAGGGUCAAGCUGCAAGCACAAGAUUUCUUUGAUGUCCAACCUGUCAAAAACGCCUCCGUGUUCUUUUUGAAGCACAUAUUACACAAUUGGCCCAAGCCGUAUAUGGCCAAGAUUCUGCGGCGGUUGCGCGAAGCAGCGACGCCUGAAACCACGCUCAUUGUCAUCGACAACGUCCUUCCCUAUGCUUGUAGACGCUCUUCCGACAGCGAGACCCUCUCUGACAAUGGAGGGACAUACUACAAGGAAGCACCGGAACCUCUUCUCCCUAACUAUGGCGCGGUUAGCAACAGUCCAUAUACAUUAGACUUAACUAUGAUGUUUUAUUUCAACGCUCAGGAACAUACUGUAUUGGGUCUACAAUCUCUCCUGGAAAGCACCGGCUGGCGUUUGAUCAAAUUCCACUCGGUCGACCCCAAGAAUGACUUCUUACAGUCAGUAGAAGCUGUACCACUUUAG